AUGAUUCCGAUUCUGCUCAGUCUGUACGGAUUUGCCGGUUUCCUCUGUUUCCUGGGCUAUCUGUUCGCCCUAAUCGAUUGGUACUCCCGAAGGAGUCGACUGACCUGGGAAAAUCGAUUGGCAAUUGGGGAUGUGAAUGUUAGUCACAAAUCCGACGUGACCGGAUCGAUCGGUACUUCCAGUCCCGAGGAUAAAGAAGCCGCUCAAACGGAAAUGCACCACAUACAGCUUGAAGCAAAAUCGACUCAAUCACGCGGUGACCUGAUGGUGACAGAAGAUCAGGAACCCCUCAAUGAAACAGAAGAUAUGAUUUUGGAAACGAACACCGCCGAGAAAAUACGACUGCACGGACAGGAGGACGAACCGGUCGAACCGGCCGAGGACUGGGGAGUACAGGAAAAAGAAACGAAUUUAGAUGAUCGGUUGGAUUGGACUCCGAUCGAACUGGAGGCGGAGAGUACAUUUGGACAUUUUCCGCUGAUCUCAAAGACCGACGAGGAGGCUGAUGAGGAUCGCGAUGGUUCGAUUCGCAUUCGAAAGUUUUCCGUCCCUGAGGAGAUUCGUGCCGCCCACAGCCAGUGCUCUCGACGAACAUCGGUUCAAGUGACCGAUUUGGAUGACCAGUUGCACGCGGCUUCCGUACACAUGAAAGAGGCACCGGAGACAGCCGCUUUAGCAUAG